AUGUCAGACCGUGUGUCACAGCUUGCCAACCAGCUAAACUAUCCCCGUGGUCUGUUGGCUGGCCAGGUCGCCAUCAUCACAGGCAGCGGCCAGGGUAUUGGCGCGGAGGCAGCGCGUCUGUUCGCCAAGGAGGGCGCCAAGGUAGUCGUUGCGGACAUCGACGAGAAGAAAUGCAAAGAUGUGGCCGACAGCAUCAACUCUUCGGGCGGAAGUGCUCUCGGCGUUCCUGGCGAUAUUCUGAAGCAGGACUAUGUAAACUCUCUUAUCAAGAAGGCGGCGGACUUCGGUAAUGGGAAGAUUCACAUCAUUGUCAACAAUGCUGGUUACACUUGGGACGGCGUCAUCCACAAAAUGACCGACAAGCAGUGGGAUAACAUCAUUGCCCUUCACUGCACUGCGCCAUUCAAUAUCGUCCGUGCGGCCGCGCCCUAUUUCCGAGUCAAGGACGGUGAGCCUCGCAACAUUAUCAACAUUUCCUCUACAUCUGGUGUGCACGGGAACGCUGGGCAGCUAAACUAUGCCCUCGCAAAGGCUGGCGUCAUCGGUUUCACCAAGACAAUUGCAAAGGAAUGGGGGCCAGCUUUUGGCGUCCGUGCCAACUCCAUUGCCUUUGGACAUAUCCUGACCCGCCUGACAGCAGCCAAGGAAGACGGUGCUUUCGUAACAGGACCCGAUGGGGAGAAGAUUGCGCUGGGUAUCCCGAUCAAGCAGAAGCAGGCUGCUGGAGACGGGGCAUAUGCAGAUAUUCCACUUCGACGACCGGGUAGUGCCACGGAGGCGGCCAGCAGCAUUCUGGCGGUUGCUAGCCCACUGUUCUCUUACGUAUCUGGGCAGACUAUUAUGGUGACCGGUGGAAGGAAUAUGUAG